UGUAUCCAACUUCACCGGCCGCUUCUGGGCAGGCUGGACACGCUGAACAUAUGAUAUAUCCGUGAACGGCACGUCAUCGCCACCAACGCAAGUGCUCUUGCGAAAUAAGCGGAGCAAAAGGCCGCCAAAGUAUCACAGUGCUGUAGGACUUGAAGAGCGGAGCAGAACACGAAGACAGCAGUCGAGUUGCAAUGCAAGAGAAGGCAGAACCAGGCGUCAAACGGCUUGCAGAAAAGGAGACAGCCAUAAGGCCGCGAGGAAAGCAGGAGUUGAAAGGUAGCCUCGUCGUAUCGACAUGUUGAAGAAGCGAAGCUCCGACAAACAGCAGAAAGGGACGCUGCGAGAGUUGCAGGGCAAAGGCACGCCGCUGUGUUGACAUUGGGUGCUAGCGAUGCCUGUGUGUAAGGAUGAAGAGAAAGUAUACGUAGUACGUGCAGCGUGAGGCAGGUGCACGUAAUUUCAUGCACGGAAUAGCUGUUUUCUUUUUCUCGACGCAUUGGCUACUUCGCAGCAGCGGAAACCACUAUAGCGUGAGGAAGGAGGAAGAAAACUUGAACGUGGACGUCUUCAAUUUGUAGAAGAAGAAGAUCGAGCAAGGCUUCGUCAUGGGAGGUAGCUGCUAUCAGUUCCUACACUUCAGAGACCGACCCAGCAUCCAGACGAUGGCCAGCGUCUGUUUUGCAAUGAACAGUAUACAUCUCGUCGCGGUGCUGUACACGGCCAUGAGCGCUGAUGACGCCAUCGUCAUGCUCAAGCUGAACGGCAUCGAGUCGACAGUCACGGAGCUUCACAUCGCAGGGGGAUCACGCUUUGUCCUUUAUUACAUAACAAUAUUUGCUGACUUGUUUCUUAUCAUCGGCAUCGAAGAUAACUGUAGGCUGGGAAUGCUGACCUUCAUAUGGUGGAACUCAUUUCGAAUUUUCCUCGAAGUCCUCACCAUCGUGGGUGUGGGAUUAUGGAAAGGCACCAGCGAAAACUUCACUCUCAUAAUGUCCUUCCUGUCCUGCCUGGGUCUGACACUUCUCGUUCAGGGAUUCUUCACGCGUCGCGUGUUCCACUACAGCUCGCUGGUGCGUCCCGGCGUGCGCAUACACGCGCACGGCGAGAUGAUGCCCAGCGCCAUGGCCCUGGUCGAGCCUGGACCCACUGUCGGCCACGUGGGAGGUAAGGAGGGCGAUGAGGAGUCGACCGAGACGAAGACCGCGCACAGGACGUCCGAGAGCCGCAACGUGACCGACAGCACCAAGCGAGAGCCCGGCCCGAACGGUGGCGAGCAGUCCUCCACUAUCAUCAAGAAGAGUCCUCCAGAAUGAAGCCACGGGACCGAACAUAAAAUACGUCACUCGCGCUGCUUUGCUCGGUUUUGGUGCUCUCGGCAUUUACUGCGCCAUACGCGAUUUAUUACACGGCCCGGUACCUCAGCGGCAGCCUACGUCGAGGCGAGAAAACGGCUUGGCAACGGAACCUUAGGCCCUUUGUCCCUGGAUGCGAAUGGCAAGCCCGCGCUUACAUUCACCUAGAAAAGCGGAUCGGGCUGAGUCAACCCGUGUCGUGCAUACGGGAUGACACAGUCCGACACGACGCUCGCUCAGUCCGACUGGCUAGCGCUCACGAGGGCCAUGAUGGUGUAGGGGCUGAGCUAAUUAUAGCACAAACGAAAUUAUAUUUCUCCAAUGUGACGUAACGGACACUAUAUAAAUGCGCUAUGGCUGUAGCCUCCUCAGCUCUGCUGUAGAUGCGUGAACGGGAAAGAGAAGCCUAAACGUAGCACAAGCGAGAUGCUAUUUCUUCAAUGUGGAUUCCCGGACACAAUAUAAAUAGACCAUCGCUGUAGCCUCCUUGGCUCUGCCAUAGGUGAGUGAACGGGAUAUCCAUAAGCUUUUCACCGUGUGCGUGGCGAUUCAACGUAACAAGUAUUGUGAUCUCAUCGCAAGCCACCGGGAAACGGCUAGAAUACGUGAGACACCAAGUCCGCGAACUAUCAAUUAGCCCACCAUGUCUAGAACGCGUCAGCGCCCAAGUUCUCACUUCUGUAGCAAAUAUGAGGCGCUAUAACGUAAAGCUAUUCGAAACUGUUUCUAUUCCAUUUCUGCAAUCAGCCCUCCAGGAUUC